UUUCGGUCCAUAUUUCAUCAAAAUAAAUCUCUGUUAGUAAAGCUGGGAAAUAUUUUUCGUAAUAAAUAUGAGUUUGGCACACCCACUGGCCACGGGGAGGUCGGCAGAGGAAAUCAAUGCAAUUUUAAGUGCUGCCAAGUUAGACAAGAAAGAUUUGCUCGCGGUUGCACAGGAAAUCGCAUUUGCGGAAGGCUUUUCAGGAACCCAGUAUCGUCUAGUGGAGCUUCCUAAAGAGGUUGCAGAAAAUAUACGAGUGGGCAACAGCCUCGUGUUUCGAGGCGAUUCUAGUGAUCAUGCUGUUCUGUGCACGGAACAAGCAACGUAUGAGAUUAAGGAAGCUGAGACGUCAAAUUCAUUGUUAAUUUUCGAGGAGCUGGCGUUUCCGGAACAAGCUCAACGAACCAGUCGAUGGUCAUCAGAUUCAUCAUCUGCUAGUUCCAAGUCACCGGAUUCGGUUUCAAAUCUGCCCAUUAUUCCUAUUACUGCAGCAGGAGAUAAACUACCGCAAGAUGAUGAUGGGGGGGAUGCGGUUUUACGGGACGAGGAAAUUGUUGUGAGAACUAUCCAGGAUAUUGUGCACUCUUACUUUGAACUGAAGAAGAUUACUCCCAAUCUUUCGAAAAUUAGAAAUGUUCUUGCGCUUACAUGUUACAAAGGUCUUGGCGAGGAUGACGAUAUUCCAGAAGUCGAGUUUAUAACCUUAGAUAAGUUAUUAGAAUUGAUUCCAGCUAGUGAAGGAGAAAUUACUGGCUACUUGAAAUCUAUCCGAGUUAUGGAGUGUGAUGGAUUCCUCCGACUGAUUGAUGAUUCUUACUUGUAUCGCGUCUUCACCCUUGUUAACGGCUUGGUUGAUGAAAAUUCCUGGAGAAUUGAUCGAAUACCAAAGAGUGUGGUGAUUAGAACAUUAAUAUCCUUGGAGCCACCUAUAGUCAUAGAAAAGAUAUUCGAGUGGUUUUUCUGCAAAAACUCUGAAGAAAAUGAGGACAUUUAUUGUAUGAAAGAGGACGAAAUUUGUAGGUUUUACGGCGAAGUGUUACUGAUGCCUGGUGGUCGGUUUAAUGUUUCAGAAUUUAUGAAAAUAUGGCAAGAGAGUGUUCCCGAAGGGCUACGAGUCAAUGUGAAGCAGUUGGAAGGAACAGCAGUUACCAAUUCUCACGUCACACCUCCCGUGAUUUGGUACUUUCCUGAACACAACCUUCCCGACGUAGUUACAGAUAGGUUUGCAGUAUUGUUCGAAGCAAAACCAAAGUGGAGACUUGAGGAAAUAACCCCUUUUCUCCAGAAUCUACCAUCAUGUCAGAGUGCUGGUGUCUUGUUAACAAAGUUUGCUAGAGUGAAUACAUUAAAUGGGGUAAAGUACUACUCUUCCAAACACUCGAAAUGAUCUUGCCAAGCAUGUUACUGUUUUGUUUAGUGAGAUAAUAAAAAAUCAAUAGCGUUGUGUA